AUGGAGGUUCUCUCCCUCUGCCCCAUGAGGUGUCUUCCUUUCUUUCUCUACACUAUUUCCACCAGCACAGCCCUAGCCAUGACGAUGGAGUGGUACAGUUUCAGCAGGUACAAGAUCUACCCCAGACGUGGGUAUCACUGUGCCAGGACUGAUGGGAAGGAAUCCUUGACAGAUAAACUGGACUGUCCUCCACAGAAGCACGCACAAAAGAGGAACAGACAGACGAAAUUCAAAAGACCCUGCCACGCAGUCAAAUUCCAGUGGGCCGUCCCCGGCGCAUCUCCUGUUGAUAUAAUGGCUGAGAGGAAUAAGGAACCGGAAGUUAGGAAAGCUCGGCUGGGAGAGCAGGCUGUCGGGCGCCAAGGAAGCCUUAAAGGCAAAGCGGCCUCAAGGAAGACAGCAAUGGCUGCUGCCCAGGCCCUGGUAAAGGCAAUACCUAAGGAGAAGCCUGCGCGGGUAGCCACUCCCCGAGUUAGUGAACACAGCCCAGUACUCAGGAGACGGAAGUGGCCUUGGACAUGGAUACAGUCAGCUUGGCUCAGAGUCAGCAGUUACUGAAGCGGAGUCUGGAAGGUGUUAAGAGUGAGGUCGUUAUGUGUUCUUUCUGUACUUUUGCGCCAGUUUGAAAUUUUUCAUAAUAAAAAGUUGAAAACAAA